AUGUAACUUUGAGUAUCCGAUACUUCAAAAUUAAGUAUCCGAUACGUAUCCGCAAGUAUCCGAGGAGUAUCGGUAUCCGAUAAGUAUCCGAUACGGAUACGUCACCCUUUUUGAAGUAUCUGUGCUUCAUAGGAUACACUUCUUCUGACGAGGGAUUCAACUCCAUGAGCCUGUUGUUGACAUCAAAAAGUACUGCAUGGUUUGGUUUCCUUGCAAAGCUUGAAAUCUUCCAAUGGGGCGUAAGAAGCGAAUCCUUCCACCGCGCUCAAAACCACCACCCACGGAGGAUAGGGCCACCGUGGACGGCGGAGCACCACUGAAUGUCAAUCUCACCGACGAUCUCCCUAAAGAACAGAGCAAGAUAGAACCACUCACCCCCUCCGAUCACGCUUCCAUAAAACUUGAAUCUGUGCGCGCGCUCGCUGCUGUCCGCCGCGGAAACUACCCCAAAGCUGUGAAGAUCAUGAAAGAAGCUUGUUCUCGCCACCAAAACUGUGCCCUCGUUUACCGCGCCGAAGCUAAUGUACAUGUUCGUGUAGCUUCUCUAAUCGACGACAAUGGCAAGAAACAACGGCACUUGAAAAAAGCUCUCGAGUCUGCUCGAUGCGCUGUUUCUUUAUCACCCAAGUCGUUAGAAUUUGCAGCUUUCUAUGUAAAUCUACUCUAUGAUGUGUCGAUUGAUAGCAAAGGCUAUGAAGAGGUAGUGACCUGCAGUUUAGCAAAAUUCAGGAAUUGA